CAGUCGAAGAAGAUAUUACUAGAUUUGUUACGCGACAAAUUAUUAGGAACUAGGCGCGACUUGAAAAUCGACCUUGUUCCCAUACAGAUGGAGAUGGCUCGUCACUUAACCUAAAGGCAAAUUGAGUUUUCGUAUUCUGAGCGAAGACACAGCAAUAACAUGCCAAAGGAACGCAGACUCUUCGUGAUGAUAUGGAACAACUUCAUAGCUUCACUCAAACCUCGAGCUAUUCAACGUAAACUGAUAGGCGAGGAUUAUUAUGGCACAAAAUAUUACGAAGAACCACCUCGUCCUGCUCAUCCCAAUAGGCCUCCUCGAUCCUUUGUGCCAGUGAACAAAGAGGAUUUUGAACAGGAAUUGCCUGCCGAAUGGGAGGCUUGGUUGAGACACCGCAGGAAAAAUCCGCCAACGCGAGAGGAAAUUGAAGCUAACUAUCAAUUAGCGAUGACUAAAAAACAGAAUGCUGCGAAGCUUGCAGACACAUAUUCCAACGUAGCUACUGAAACUCUCCCUACUCAGUCCACCUCUUCUCAACCCACCAAUCCAGGAAAUUAUCCGACUUACCAAGAGUACAAGGAUUACGGUAAAGAUUACAAGCCGAAGGAUCCGUACAAAGAGUGAGAAUGCAAAAUGCAAGUAAAAUCCGCACAACAAUCUACCUAAACGUUGUAAAUUAUUUUAGUCAAUAAACGACGAAGCGACUGA